AUGUCCGCCGAAGCGACCGCCGCAAUGGCGUCUGCGCCCGAGGCUGAGAUGGUUGAGAUCAAAGUCGCCAACCAUCCGUCUACCAACGAUGCACUCGGCAAUAAACCUACCGGCCUUCACUCACCGCCCGAUAGUAACAGCGCAAUGAAGUUGGACGGUAGCGACGAUUCCGAAUUAAGUGACCUAGACGACCAUUCCAUUAUCGAUAUGAAUGUAGAUAUGGACUUUGACUCGUCGCAUCCUCUCCCCUCCAACCCGUCAAUACAUGAUGAGGAAACUAAAGAAGGAGGAAAAGAAAAAGAAGAGCCAGAACCAGAAGAGGAAGAAGAUAUCGGCGAUGUCUUUCCUGAUCACUGGUCUGGUACCGUGCCUGUUUUUAAGCCGGACAUGCACCAAUUCAAGGACUUUAAGAAAUUCAUGACCAAGGUGGAUUGUUACGGCAUGAAAUCUGGUAUUAUCAAGAUCAUCCCUCCGCAAGAGUGGAAGGACGAACGUCGCCCUCUUGAUGAUAUGAUCAAACAAAUUAGAGUCAAAGAGCCCAUUAAGCAGGAGAUUAUGGGCUCUAACGGCACUUAUCGACAGGUGAACAUUCUACAUCAACGUUCUUAUAACAUCCCACAGUGGCGACAACUCUGCGACCAGAGCGAGCAUCAACCUCCUGCUAGGAGAGGUGAGAGACGUGCGCAAGCUCAAGCUAAACCGAAGCCAGCUGCACCAUCGACAUCAACUAGUGGGGAACCCAGAAAGCGUGGAAGACCACCUCGAGCUAGGGGGAAACGAGUUGCAGCUAAGGACAACAAUGAUACCGAAGACGAUCGACCUAUGACUCCCGUUUCACCAAAACCAAACGAGGACAUCAUUGAAUCAGUGGAGAAGGAUUUUGGUGCCGAUUUAGAUGACGACGAUGAUGUUCCCGUUGUCGGCCGAAUGGGUGGCUCUAGGCAGGCCAAGCCCAAGACGCAGUCUACAUCUGCCCGUAGGAAGUAUGCGAGGCGGGAAGCAUCAGCUAAGAUCGACGAGAAAGCCUUCAAAGACUUCGAUUAUCAGAUGGACAUCUCCGAUUAUACACCCGAAAGAUGUGAGGAACUUGAGCGAAUAUACUGGAAAACGCUCACUUACGCACCACCGUUGUACGGUGCAGAUCUUCCUGGUACCCUCUUUGAUGAAGACUGUACCUCUUGGAAUCUCAACAAACUUCCAAAUCUCCUGGAUGUUCUAGGCACCAAAGUACCUGGAGUUAACACAGCAUACCUCUACCUUGGCAUGUGGAAAGCUACUUUUGCAUGGCAUCUUGAGGAUGUUGAUUUAUACAGUAUCAACUAUCUCCAUUUUGGAGCUCCAAAACAAUGGUACAGUAUAUCCCAGGGUGAUGCACGCCGUUUUGAAGCCGCUAUGAAGAGUAUUUGGCCGACGGAUGCCAAGGCUUGCGAUCAGUUCCUACGUCACAAGGCCUUCUUGAUUUCGCCGAAUCAUCUUCUACAGAACUUCAACAUCAAAGUCAACAAAUGUGUUUCCUACCCAGGAGAGUUUGUGGUUACUUACCCAUAUGGUUACCAUUCAGGUUAUAACUUGGGUUAUAACUGCGCCGAGGCCGUGAAUUUCGCUCUGGAUUCUUGGUUACCGAUGGGCAGGAUUGCCAAGAGGUGCGAAUGUGCCCAAGCUCAAGAUAGUGUUUGGGUCGACGUGUACGAGAUCGAGCGUAAGCUAAGAGGAGAAGAAACCGAAUACGAAGAGACCGAGGAUGAAGACGAAGAAGACGAAGAGGAUGACGAAGAUAUGGAUACUGUCGCCACGCCGCAAUCAUCCCACGCAGUCAGGAUUAAACAGCCUGGGAGAAAACGCAAGCGCGCACCAACCGAAAAGGGCGAGAGGAAAGUCAAGAAAAUUCGCCUCCGUGCCAAGAACCAUAUCGAACCUCCGUGCUGCUUGUGUCCUCAUGAUAUACCGGGCCAAGAGUUGCUGCCUACAGCCGAUGGCCGUAAGGCUCACCGCCUAUGUGCCCUAUACGGACCGGAGACGUGGAUCGAGACGGUUGAAGAAAAAGAAACUGUUGCUAAUACAGAGGGCAUUGGUAAAGCACGUGGUGACACCAAAUGCUUGUAUUGUCGCUCUAAGAGAGGGGCGUGUAUGCAGUGCUCUCAGAAGAAAUGCAAUCGAUCUUACCAUGCUACAUGCGCUAUGGCGGCAGGUGUCUUGGUGGAAGAAGCCGAUGUCCCUAUUUUCGGCGAAGAUGGAACUGAAUACAAGGAACACACCUUUGAAUUCAGCUGUCGCUUCCACAGGACGAAGAGGGAUAGGAAGAUGGAUGUACAUGCGCUAGGAGAAUGCUCUAAGACCCAUCAGGCUGCUGCGGCUCUCAAGAAAGGCGACAUGUGCCAACUUCAAUAUUAUCGUGGGGAUAUAUUUGCUGGUGUCGUCGUUGAAAAUCGGGCUGAUGAACAGAUGCUCCUUGUUGAUGUCAUUCCUCAUGGGGAACGAGUCGAAGUAGAAUGGAAAUGGCUUCUUCUCCCAGAUCCGGCCGACUUCCAUCUACAGAAGGCGUCAGCAAAUGCCAUACCCAUGCCAACUUCACGCAAGGCUAAGGAGCUUAUUAAUGCCACGAAGAGAGUUGCCGAAGAGCCGCCACGGCCAGAUGCGCCCUUUGUUGAGGGAUUCACUUGGGCCGAAUUCAAUACAUAUGACUGCACCAAUAAACUGCAAGCCAAGGUGGACUUCAGCAAAGAGAAUCAACUGUGGCAUUAUCUUGGUAGAUAUUCGACCGACGCGCGACCCCAAUACACAGAGGAUCCGAAGAACCCUAAGCAUAAUGUCAAGAGCAACUUCUUGGAUACCAUACCGAAACCAGCUUUGCCUCCGGUUCAGCCGAGAAAGUUGUACGGUUCCACGUUCUCGAUGCAUACUACCGGUUUCACAGGAGUGAAACCCGACAAACCAUAUCAAUACAAACCAAAAGAUCCCGUUGCACCUUCAUAUGCCCGUUCUCCUUUUACCCCUCAGCAGUUUGUCCCAAAGCCUGCUUCCUUCACGCCCCAUCAAUUCGUUCCGAAGCCGACAUUAUAUCCUUCGCAACCCGCCUCUGCGCCGAAAUCACAACCUCCCCUUGUUCCUGCACCUCGACAGAACAUACAAUUUGCUCCGCCGCAAGCCAUACCGAAACUCCCUCCCACGUACCAACACAACGGCCAUUUCUCGCAACAAGUAUUUGCUAAACCACCUAUAACUCCUCAGCACACUAGCUUCCACCACGUUACUCCCCCUCAGCAGGCCUUCCAACCCAUCGCGGGCUAUUCUCCGCAGCAACCGCCUACGCGUCUACCAGCCUACACGGGCCAACAAAUUGGACAACACUCCUACCCGCGAAUGGUACCAAAGCCAGCUUCUCCACCGCAACCUAGCGUCCAACCUCAACCCACCCCACAUCAACCUGUGUCUACACCCGUCUCUACGCCACAAGGGGGCAAACAAAACCCUCCCCUUCUUCCACACUCACAUACCAAAUCAGCUUCUAUACCUCGAACUGCACCUACGCAGAAUGGGCAUAAGAGGAAUCGCUCCUCACUUAAUCUUCAGAAUGGACAGCCGUCACCCUUUGGAUCAGAUCAUCGGUUUAAGACACCGCCUUUCUCGUAUGGAUCUAACCAAAUUAACUCCGCGGCUAAGUCACCCUUCUCACAUGGGUUUUCUCAACCCCCGGGUCUUGGCCCCUCCCCAUCACCGCAGAACGGCCAACUUUUCCAGGCUCAAGCCAGAGCCAGGUCGGGGUCGCUCGCAUCUAACCGCUCAUACGACACACCGAUGACCUCGUCUGCCAUCCGGCCACCUUCUUCUGCAUCGGCUCAAGGACCAUCGGGCGGUGAAACUCAGUUUGCUCAAUUUGCUCAAGCUGCUCAGACUACUCAGACUGCUCAGCAACAGGUUAACGUUACUGAUCGUUCGCCUGUGAAUAUUGUCCAGAAGUACCCCUUUUUCCAGGUCCAUCACAAUAGGGAUUCAACGAAGUACAGGACGCCUUACGCUCAUUGGGGUGGGUUUACUAACGGAUAUGAGGGCAGUCUCCGAGCCCAUCUAAUGAGAUCACCUGAGGCGUUAUUUGAUAUUAGGAACCGAUCCAUGGGCUUCGGUGCUGGCUCAUCUAGCCAACACAUACCCCGAAAUCCGUUUAGUAAUCCCGCGUCGAAUAAGGCUACCCCGGUUUUGACGUCGCAUCUGGGUAGUAUAAGUUCAUCUCGUCAAGCAGCUACUUCGCCGUCUGUUGCUUCUCCCAGCCCGUUCUCGGCAGGGGCACCAUCUACACCGCCCGUUAACCAACACGUAAUGAGCCGUGCUGCGAGUAUUCCGGAUGUCCAUCAAGAGCCUGCGGCUCAACUACACCCGGCGAUCCGAGCGCAAUAUGCAGCAAUACUGCAGACGAGGAAUACCGAUAACUUUCAACCAAAUGCCAACGAACAAGCUACAACACCAAGUCAACCAUCGGCAUUUGCUACUCUAGCAUCAUUACCAAAUCAUUUGGACCCAACAACAAGACCCACUCAAUCACCCGGCUUGGAGUUUAUACAAUACAGAGACAAUGGUUCGCGAUCGGCUUCGGUUAACGAUGAUAAGAACUCGCCACCGAUGGCCCGAGCGGGUCCUACAAAAGUACCGUUUGUGCCCUCCAAACAAACACAUAUUCCCGCUCCCCGACCGUGGGAAGCAAUACGAAAGCCGCAGAAUCCGGUGCAAUCCGCUUUACAGAUCCCAAUUCAGGACGCACCUCCUAACGGCGCGAACGAAGCCGCAGGCAACCCGACGACUAUCCCCUAUGCACCAGGCUCAUAUAUGAGCAACGAAUACGAUGAUUCGAGGCACAUGGCAAGCCCAGGGCCCCAGCCCAGCAAUUCUCAGCAGUUACAGCCAGACCAGUCACAACCAGCCCCCGUACAAUUCGUACAGCCAAUUACCGUACGACAAUCCUCAACUCAAGCAGGAGAGCCCUCAACGGGAACUACAACAACCACGGCUACAGAUGGAGGGACCUCAGGAGGGUUAGGGUCCGUGCAACUAGCAGUAGCAACGAAAUCUUUGACAACGACGUAUGCACGCUCACCGGCAGUAGGGACAGACGAUCUGCCGGAAGUGCCGGAUGAAUCGAUGGAGUUGAUUGAGAGCAUUAUAAGAGAUGCUCGACGUAUAAGUGACACAUACUGGGAUACCACAAAUGGUGGUAAAUAA